AUGGCGAAAUUUAUCGCAAGCAUUAAGGCUAUCAUAACGCGAUUAGUUUUCGCGUCUCAUGGAUUCAUAGCCAUCUGGCAAGUCACGAAUUUCAAGCGAAAUCCAAUUUAUUGGUAUCUCUGCUGCCCUAUUAUUCUUUUGUUCUUCGAGGGGAUAUUUACAUUAACGAUUAAAGCUAAUCAAGAAUGGAAGUGGUUUUGUCCGUCGGUAUUUUUGUAUUUGGGGAGCGUCGUACCUGCGAUUUGGCUUCUUGAACUUGACAAAGUCGACCGGCGACUGAGGAACUUGGGCUCAAACAUAAACUUCAACGACACUCUCGAUCUGACAAAUUUGGAGGACUUGAAACAACUGCAGAAGACCCUGGGCGUAAACAUCCGCUUGCCGGACAUCCAGAUCUCGACGGAGACGUGGGUGACGCUGAUCGAGCAGUUCCUCAUGCUGAUCCUGAUAAUCGGUCGUUGGAUGCUGCCGAAGGGAGAGUUGACGCGAGAUCAGCUGAGUCAGCUGUUGCUCGUGUACAUCGGGACGGCCGCCGACAUAAUCGAGUUCUUCGACUCGUUCAAGGAGGAUAAAGUAGCCCGCGAGCCAAUGCUGGUUUACCUGACCUUGGGCAUAUGGGCUUGGUCCCUUAUGCAAUUCACAGUCGUCCUCACGGCUACCAAGUCUAGGAAGUCGCGGCUUUCAUCGGGCACAGCCGCCCGGAAGAAAGUGCUGACGAAGACGAGCUGCUGUGGUAUCGACGUCUGGGCAAUUGGGAUCAACAUGGUCCUUCAGGACGGUCCUUUCCUCGCCUUCAGGCUCAUCCUCAUCAUCCACUACAAGAUCGUCAGCUACAUGAACAUCUUCUUCACGUGCAAGAAUACGCUAGUGAUUCUGCUGCAGCUUUAUCGGCUCUAUGUCGUCCAGAGCGAGAGCAGAUCGCGACGUCGGAGGCAGCGACAGAAGCUGGAGUACGAUAAGUACGAGAUCGGCAACAUAAGUGUAAUAUCGCGACCGGACACCUAUGCCGUGAAGAAGUACGCGAAGCGCCGUAAGGCCGAGGAGAUCGAGGAGGGCGUCGGUGACGACGACAACGACAACGAUAACGACGACUAUUACGCAGAAAAGAAGCGGAAAAUGAGAGGUCCUGGUAGGAGGAAGGAUCUCGAGGCCAAUGUCGUUGAUAGCGAGGAUUUGGAUACCGAGCCGUCUGAUCGGUACAUCACGUCGUCUAAAAAUAAGGGCAGCGAUCACAGGAAAUCGCGUCAAGAGACGGACCGCUCGAGGUCGUCGUCGCAGGGCCGCGGUAAGCGCAGCCACGACGAUCGCCGAAGGGCGUGCGAGAAGGAGAAGCAACAGCAGCAGCAGGAGCAACAGCGUAGACGGCAGAAACAAGAGUACCGGGAAAGCGAGGACCUGGAGUGGAGGUCGAGCUCCGAGCAAAGGCCACGAAAGAAGUCGGCUCGGAGAGUCGCGGAUCUCGAUAGGAAUUCGAAGGAGAAGAGGCGUCACACCGAGGUCGAUGAGCAUGACGGUGGUAGCACGAGCGACGACAGCCAGUCCGAGUCCGAGGAGAGGAGAAAGUACCAUCGGCGAAAGCAGAGGCCGCCGAAUAGAGAUUGACAGCGGAGCCUCGGCAUCGUCGCGCUCUUCUUCCUCUAUUCGGCCAUAUUGCUGGGCUGCGUACUUCUCAUUCACGCUGGGAUCAACGACGGACUCGUUUUGCUGAGGAAGAGACACCUGCACGUCCACUAUAACUUGACUUAGGCGCGCUCGCGUGGAUCAUAAUUUGGGUCUCGAGGCGAAUGUCGCGGCUUCAUAUCUCUCUCUCUCU